UUCUUCCGUAUUUACUAGCCUAGCCUAGCCUCUCACUCUCACUAGUUUUGAAGCAAAAUUAUUGCUAAAACUUAACGCAUUGGUUUUAUUCAUAUUCAUAAAGUAAACCUUUUUAUUAAAGGUUUCAGGAAUACUCAUAUAUUUGUCGCUACACAUGUCAGGUCAUGGGUAAAGUAAAGCCAAGCAUUCUAACUGGAUUGUUCUCCCAUCUGUCAGUUAGUAAAAAACAAAAAUCAAAAUAUCAAGACCUAAAGCAUGUGUCACCUAAAUCAAAACUUUCGUCUCCAAAAACGAAAACAACUCAGAGGAAGAAAGGGAAAAAGAUAGUGACUACUCUGUCUACAGCCAUGUUGAAGAAUUCCAAAGGAAACAAUGAAGCUUUGUUAACUCCGAGCACAUCAUACACUCCUAAUAAAGCCAUGAUAAAACACAAAUUAAACUUAAAAACAAGUGUACACAAAAUAAUAGCUAAUCCUAAAAACUAUCUGCUGAACGUUUCUACAAAUCAGUAUAAUAAAAUCACUGACUCUCCAUCACCAUCAAUUACAACAACACCUGUUGGGAAAAGAGAAAAAUUCAAAAACAGUAAGGCUUGUUCCUUAAGAGAGAGAAUGCUCAAGAGAUUAAAAGCGGCUAAAUUCAGGUACAUGAAUGAGCAGUUAUACAAUGCUGAGAGUAAAGGGGCAGAAAAGAUGUUUUCAGAAGAUCCGUCUGCCUUCAAGGCUUACCAUGAAGGUUACAGGCAGCAAGUAGCCCGUUGGCCCAUCAAUCCUGUGGAUAUUAUUAUCAAGUCCCUUAAAAAGAGGGCCAAAAGUGGAGAUCUUGUGGUGGCAGAUUUCGGGUGUGGUGAGGCCAAGUUGGCAGAGGCACUUCCAUGUACUGUACACUCUCUAGACCUGGUUAGCCUGAACCCGCAAGUGACUGUGUGUGACAUGUCCCGCACACCCCUAGGUGACGCUUCGUGUGACGUCGUGGUGUUCUGUCUAUCUCUCAUGGGCACAAACCUGGUGGACUACAUGCGCGAGGCCAAUAGAGUCCUCAAGGAGAAAGGCAUAAUGAAAAUAGCUGAGAUUGAAAGUAGGUUUGAAGACUUGAACCAGUUCAUCCAUGGUGUUGAAAGAAUGGGUUUCGAAGCUGUCUCUCAAGACUUGUCUCACAAUUUAUUUUAUUUCUUGGACUUCAAAAAGAAUUCAAACACUAGUAAGAAAAAGAAAAAAAGGAACAUUCCAGAACUGACUUUAAAGCCUUGCCUGUACAAGAAAAGAUAA